UCAGCCUGGUGACUGCGCUGACAUCGCUCAUCUUUUUGCUGAUCGCUCGAACGCACUCGUAGAGCAAAUGAACUGGGCUUCUUCAGACACUCGAUGGAGGGUGCUUUUAGUUUUACCCUGAUUCUUUCUGGUGAAGCUCUUGCUGCAGAGACGUCCCCCGAGGAGUCGGCUCAGGCCGCUCUCGCUUCAGCAUUCACACUUCACGCAGGGGCGGACAAAUCGCAUAGCACAAUCCGUCUGUCACCCUUCUUUGCCUUGCUUGAGACUAGCGCCCGCAGAUCUGCAGUCUUGACUGCUGGUGUCGACACUGCGCUCUCGGCUGCUCAGAAUCUCCUUCCAGAGAGUCACCCUCAAGCAGUGGAGGAUGAGAGGCGAAUCACAGCACUUCGGACUGUCAAUCUGUUGUUGCUCAAAGUGCAGAAUGAGAAGUCGCUUCCUGCUGAUAUUCAGCUGGCAGUGAAUGACGCAGCAAAGCGCGUCAGCCGAGCUUUGCAAUCUUCUCAUCUGCUCUUUCAGCUCGAAGCUGCCCAUUCACACAUUCAGGGGAGCGACACUCGAGAUGUGCGGGGUGAUACCUCGGCAGAUCUCAUGUUCUGUCAACGGCUGGUCGCGGCUGUGUACCUCGCAGAGAGAGACGAGCAAGGAUCUGCAAUAUUCAAGAGGAUGGAGAGCCUUGCUUGGAAGCUUCUCCAAUCCAUGUAUCGUGUCGAAAAGAUAGCAAAGACGGCUCGAGAUGCGCUGCGCGCUGAUGCUCGGGAGCAUUUGAGCGUGCAGUGCGGCGAGGUUUGUCCGGCCUGCGAUGCUGACGUUCCGCUGGUGGCGAUAGGAGCAGAUGGAGUCACGCGCUGCAGGACGGGUCACAUUUGGUCUCGAUGUUCCGUCACGUGGAAGCCCUUGGGCGAAGUGCGCAGCAGGACUUGUAUCGGAUGCAAUAGAAAGGCAUAUCCCGUCUCGCUGGGCGAGGAGGGGUCGCAAUUGCUAAAUGAAGCACUCAACACAAGUCGACAUUGUAUCACGUGCGGUGCUCCAUGGACAAUCCUCUGAUUUUGCACCCGGCGCCCGAUGCGGUCCUUAUGCGGACGCACCCAAGAAAGAGCAGUGUUCUGCACUCUCGCGCCCUUCAUCCCUUUUCCACUCACGCACGUGCGUGCGCCGACACUCGAUUCCUGGAGAUGGACCACACAGUCUGGAAGUUUCCUCAGCGCCACUCAUUUUUCCUCAUUGUCACUCCUUGAGCUUGUACUUUUGACUGUAGUAUAAAAGCGCUAAUCCAACAUCGUCGUCGGAGGUUCAAGGGAAGCGGACUGCAGCAGCCUUCUCGACACCUU